AACUGUUUAUUUUCGGAAAUCUCUUCGUCUUAUCAAAUCACCGCCGGAAAACCGAUUGACAAAUCCCUUUCACCACACUAAAACCCUAGUUUUUUGUUUCAACGCCUCUUCCAUAAUGGAGUCUAGAUACAGUGGAUUUAAUUCACAGAUCCACAAUCAUCUCUACAGUCAUCUUUAUCCUACGCCUUCUUCAUCAUCAUAUCCUUCGGGCUACACAAACUUCUCAAAUCAGAUUCUAGAAGGGGGAUUAUACAGCGUCGGAGGACAGGGUCGAUAUGACAUUCUCCGUCAAAUUGAAAAGAACAAGAUUCGGGAGGAGAUACUGGCGAAAGAGAGGAGACAAUACAUGAUAGAACAAGAAAUCAGGAGAAUGGAGAAUAGUGGCGGAUAUCCGUCGCUAUCGUCGCUCAUGUUAGGGCAUACUGAUAGCCACCACCACCACCACCACCACCUCCAUCGGGUUCCGCCACAAUUGCUGCGUGGUCAAGCAUAUGAAACGGUGGAUGGAAGAAUUGCAAUGCCGUUCCAGGAGGACUACGGUGUCACCGGACAUCAGUUCCAGCGGCGUCCUAAUAUUAACGAGAUUAUCACUUCUCCACCGAAAGCUGGUGAGAAGCAAUUUAUUGAUAUUAGAAAACUCUCCGGUCAGAUGAUGGCUGGAUCCAAACGGAAAUCACCACCACCACAAUCACCAGCUGCCGCCGGUUGUUCAAGUAGUUCAAAGAAGAGAGUGAAUGAAUUGAGCUGUGCAAUCUGUGAAGUGAGUGCAACAUCUGAGCGUGGUUUAGAGGAACAUCUGGCUGGAAAGAAACACCAGGCAAAAAUGGCGGAGCUGAAAGCUGGACACGCCGGAAAAUCCAUCAAGAAGUCACCGGAAAGUGUUCAAAUGGUUUCAUCUGAAGAUAAGAAGCCUGAAGGAGAAAGCUCGGGAAAGAAGUUCAAGUUUUGGUGUAGAAUGUGUAAAACUGGAGCUUCCAGUAAGAAAGAGAUGAACAUGCAUAGGAAAGGUGUAAGUCAUUUGACAAAUCAACUUAAACGCGCCCAAAAAUCUCGAGACAAAUCUGGUGGAAAACGAAAGAAGGUAUGAUUCAUAAUUUCAUAGUUCCAAACAUGAAAUAUUUGAAUAUACAAUAAUAUAGAGCUGUUUUUUAAACAAUUUUACCUUAUGAUAAGGUUUAAUAUUUAUUUCUUGUUGGAUUAAAA